CGUCCCACAUAACAUUUACCUUAGCAUUAAAAUUGAUCCGUCUUCUCCCUUUCUGUCGGCGAAUUGGAAUCGGCAUGGAAACCCGAUCUCGAUCUCGGUCUCGGCGGCGAUCCAAGGCCGACCUCUCGACGUUGCUUCGGCGGGCUUGGUACCAUCUACGCCUCUCCGUUCGCCAUCCCACCCGGGUCCCUACCUGGGAUGCUAUCGUACUCACCGCCGCCAGCCCUGAGCAGGCCGACCUCUACAACUGGCAGCUCACCCGUGCCAAGCGAAUGGGUCGCAUCGCCACCUCCACCGUCACCCUGGCUGUGCCCGACCCUCUUGGUCACCGCAUCGGCUCCGGUGCUGCUACACUCAAUGCCAUUUCUGCCCUCGCCAAUCACCUCCGCCAUCUCUCUCUUUUUGAUUCACCGGAGGUAUCAGGUUCAAGCGACUGUUGUACUCCCACCUCUGUUUCGCAAUCCCCUCCUGACUCCUCGAAUCAAGAAAUCCCCCUUCGGGAGCUUGUUGGGUUUGUAAGCAAAAAGAAUACCUUAUUACUUCAUGCUGGAGGAGACUCUAAGAGGGUUCCGUGGGCUAAUCCAAUGGGAAAAGUUUUCCUUCCACUUCCAUAUAUGGCAGCAGAUGAUCCUGAUGGCCCAGUACCCUUGCUCUUUGAUCAUAUACUUGCAAUUGCUUCUUGUGCGAGACAAGCUUUUAAGAAUGAAGGUGGGUUGUUCAUCAUGACUGGGGAUGUUCUUCCUUGUUUUGAUGCUUUCAGCAUGGUUCUUCCGGAGGAUACGGCUUCCAUUGUAACUGUUCCUAUAACCCUUGACAUUGCUUCUAAUCAUGGGGUCAUUGUGGCAUCUAAAAUUGAGUGUCAUAUGGAUCAUCGCUCAAUUUUUUCAGUGGAGAAUUUGCUCCAGAAACCUAGUGUAGAGGAUCUUGUUGUCCAUAGCGCAAUCCUAGAUGAUGGGAGAACAUUGCUUGACACUGGAAUUAUUGCAGUUAGAGGCAAGGCUUGGGUGGAUCUUGUCACCCUUUCCUGUUCCAGCCAACCACUGAUUUCAGGACUUCUGAAGAGCAGGAAAGAGAUGAGCUUGUAUGAAGAUCUGGUAGCAGCAUGGGUGCCUGCCAAGCAUGAAUGGUUGAAGUCACGCCCUUUAGGGAAAGAACUUAUAGAGUCAUUGGGGAGACAAAAGAUGUUCUCCUUUUGUGCAAAUGAUCUAUUGUUCUUGCACUUUGGAACCUCAAGUGAAGUUUUGGAUCAUCUUAAUGGUACUGGCUCUGAUCUUGUUGGCAGGAGGCACCUCUGUUCAAUUCCAGCAACAACGGCAUCUGAUAUUGCUGCCUCAGCUAUAAUUGUGUCUAGCAAAAUAGCUGAAGGUGUCUCUAUUGGUGAAGAGUCACUUGUAUAUGAUUCCUCAAUUUUGACUGGAGUCCAGAUUGGUUCUCAGUCAAUAGUUGUUGGCAUAAAUAUGCCUGAAACUGAUAGUAUGGUAUUUGGAAGUUCUUUCAGGUUCAUUCUUCCAGAUCGCCAUUGUCUAUGGGAGGUUCCCUUGGUAGAAUACACAGAAAGAAUUAUAGUAUAUUGUGGUCUUCAUGACAACCCUAAAAUCUCACAUUCAAAUGAUGGGACCUUUUGUGGGAAACCCUGGAAGAAAGUUAUUGGGGAUUUAGGAAUCCAUGAUGCUGAUCUAUGGGGUACCAAGGAAAGCAAGGAUAAGUGUUUGUGGAAUGCUAAGAUAUUUCCUGUUCUUCCCUAUUCGAAGAUGCUACAGGUGGCAACAUGGGUUAUGGGGUUGUGUAAACAAGAUGAAAACCUCCUGCAUUUGUGGAAAGAGUCAGAUCGUAUGAGUCUGGAGGAGUUGCAUAAAUCUAUUGACUUCUCGAAGAUGUGGUCGGGCUCCACGAAUCACCAAGCUGACCUUGCUGCAGGGAUUGUUUCAGCUUGCCUUAAUUUUGGUUUACUGGGCCGUAAUCUAUCUCAAUUAUGCCAAGAAAUUUUGCAGAAAGAAACCAAUGGGAUUGAAAUAUGUAAAGGAUUUUUACCCCUUUGCACUAAACAUCAAACCCAAAAUCCACAUAUUCUUCCAAAAAGCAGGGCACACCAGGUUCACCUUGAUCUGCUAAGAUUGUGCGACCAGGAACAUGUGAAUUCUGAAAUUGAACUCAAAGUAUGGAAUGCUGUUGCAGAUGAAACUGCUACGGCAGUGAGAUAUGGCUUUAAAGUAGCACAUAAAUAUAAUCCAGCACAUGGUAAUCUUGAGCAACAUUUUCACACAAGGAAGGUGAAGGUGGAGUUACCUGUCCGGGUUGAUUUUGUCGGGGGUUGGAGUGAUACUCCUCCUUGGAGCUUGGAACGAUCUGGCUGCGUUCUGAACAUGGCAAUAAAAUUGGGCGGUUCUCUUCCCAUCGGUGCAACCAUAGAAACAACCAAAGAGACUGGGCUGUUGAUUUAUGAUGAUGCUGGAAAUAGAUUGUAUAUUGGUGAUGCUUCCUCCAUCGCACCUCCUUUUGACAGCAACGAUCCGUUUCGACUAGUCAAGUCUGCAUUAUUUGUGACUGAUGUUAUGAAUGAGACUGAGUUUCAAUCUAAUGGCUUGGAGAUAUUCACGUGGGCGCAUGUACCUCGAGGUAGUGGCCUGGGGACUUCGAGCAUCUUAGCUGCAGCUGUUGUGAAAGCGCUUCUUCAAAUAACAGGUGGAGAUGAUAGUAAUGAAAAUAUCACGCAGCUUGUUUUGGUGUUGGAACAGGUGAUGGGCACUGGUGGGGGCUGGCAGGAUCAGGUUGGCGGACUCUAUCCUGGCAUUAAAUUUACUUCAAGUUUUCCUGGAGUCCCAUUGCGCCUUCAAGUCAAUCCCCUGCUUGCAUCGCCUCAACUGAUCACAGAACUGCAGCAGCGGCUUCUUGUUGUAUUUACUGGCCAGGUUCGACUUGCUCACCAGGUCCUACAAAAAGUGGUGGUACGAUAUCUCCAACGGGACAAUCUACUUGUUUCCAGCAUCAGACGGCUUGUGGAGCUCGCAAAGGUGGGUAGGGAAGCAAUGAUGAAUGGUGAUAUAGAUGAGGUAGGGGAUAUAAUGGUGGAGGCCUGGAGGCUGCAUCAGGAGCUGGAUCCCUACUGCAGCAAUGAGUUUGUGGACAAGCUGUUUGCAUUUUCGAGUCCAUAUUGCUGUGGGUACAAACUGGUGGGCGCCGGGGGAGGGGGCUUUGCACUGCUGCUGGCUAAAACUGCUGAAUCAGCCAAGGAGCUGAGGCAUUUAGUCACUGGAAAUCCCGAGUUUGAUGUUGUAAUCUAUGAUUGGGAAGUAUUUCUAUAACCUGAGUUGAGCUGAGCUGAGCACAUGUUUAACAUUUACAGUUUCUCAAAAUGGGUGGUGGUGGUGGUAUAUGUUAAUGUUGUUAUAUAUAUGCAAUUGAAUUGAAUAAAAGAUUGGAUGGAUA